AUUGGAGGGACGGAAUCUUCGUUCAGCUGGUCAGCAUCGGUAAUUGCAGUUGGGGAUGACUGUCGGCAGUCCGCGUGACUAUGAUCGGUAUUCUACGAAGGCUCAGAAUAUCGCUGACUAGAUACGCGCAGCAAGAUUGAACGGCAGUGCAGUCUAGAAGUUGGGCUUUAGAGAAAUUUUUUCUUUCUGGGUGAAGUGAGCAAGAGCAGUAGGGCUUCCCGCGGCCGAGGGUUGGUAUUCUGCAUGCGGCAGACGAAAAGUAUGGCCUAGGCUUGUUUCGGUCGGGAGCAUCAAUUUAUGGUUCUGGUUCGAUGUUCCCACGCACGUGAAUUUGAACUGCGGACAGGAAACGCCUAACGCUCACGUCGAAUUCUGCAACUGGAAAUAAUCGGUCGCAGGUUGUCACGACGAUUGUGCUGCAGAGAAGCUCUGGGAAGACUUCGAGACGAGCUUGACGAGUGACACUGUCAAUUCAGUUUCAUCAUGGAAUGUAUAGUACAGGGUAUCUUGGAAACGCAGUACGUAGAUGCACUGGAGGUUUUGCUGCAAGGGCUCUGCGGAGGCCUCCGGGAAACACUCAAGGUUCAUGAAUUUUAUCUAAAAAGCGGAAACAAUAUGGGUUCUGUCAGUUCGGAACUCAAUCUUUGCUGCUCCCUUUCUGGACCACAGCCCGUAUGGACUGUGAGACACGUUGGGGGUCCUAUGAGAGGCGCAGCUUCAGAUCAGCUGUCUGCUCUUGUACGUAGUAUUUUUGAAGCAGAUAUCAGCAACAACGGACUCCGCUUUUUAUAUGCUUUGGGAUACAAGCUGGACUACGAGAUUCUACGCACUGGAUUUUCCUUUUGUUUCCAAAGAGUAGUGCCCAUCACUGUAAAAGUAUCGUGCAUUUGUCGACUUCCUAAGCUGCAUGCUAUUGACGAGGCAGUACCGGUCACGCCCACUCUCUAUUUGGUGGAGGUGUUUGCACCUGCUUCAGCCGACAACUAUGCCGAAGUGGUUGCUGCAAUAUCGUCUUUUGCCGAAUUUUUGGCUCCAUUACUACAUCUGUCAAAGCCAGGCGUUUUUACCGGAGUUGUGCCGACAGCAGCUACUGCGGCGGCAUCUUUAAUUUCAAGAGCAGCCUUGAAAUAAUUUCAAGGACUGCCGAAAGGUUGUAACGUACAAUUCAUGCCCAUCGACUUCCGUUUAGAAGUUGAUGCACCCCAGUUUAGAAGAAGCUUCAUCGAUACGGCAGAGAAACAACAUAUAACGAGGCUUUACGCUGAAGAUUCUGGCCAACUUCACCAAAUGUAAACUGGGUGUCUUAAACGUCACGAAGUGUUCCUGACUAGAAUCAAAAUCGAGAAAAGAGACCGGCGGGUUAGUAGUUGUCCUUAGUUUACUUCGUGUUCAUGUGACUAAGAACUGGUUAGGAGAUCUAGGAGGUAGAAUCAUCACGGUUUUGUAGGAAUUUUGAGCAUGUUCCAUGGAGCACUCUGAUAUCUGCAUCUUACAGGACAACAGGGUGCUCAGCACUUUUCUCUGUUCAAGGACCAAAUAAAGUUAAGCCUUUCUGAUUACCAC